UUUGUAUGUGUGUGUGUAUUGUAUGCGUGUGUGUGAUAGUCAUCUGUGUGUGUGAGUCUGCUUUUUCUGGUAUGGGGACAGGUGUUUAAAAGCAGGGCCACUCAGAGAGACUCUCAGAGACUUCAGGCAGAGGAAGGAAAAAGACAAACGAGAUGAAGACUCUCAUCGCUGUGCUCCUGUGCACUGCUCUGUGCUGGGACGGGCUUAAUGCUCAGUGCCCUGACCCCGCCACCCUGACGAACGUCAACGGUGCCAAGGUCUGCGCCCGCAUGUUCGAGGACAGCCACUACCUCUACGCGCAUAGCUGCGGAGGUGACAGCCUCGAUUCCUUCCCCGGUGACGAUAAACCCGUUAUCACCAGGCGUUGGAACAACCGCGUGUCAUCGAUCGUCGUGGCCCAGGGCUGCUACCUCACCGUCUGGGACCGCAUCAAGAAGGAGGGCAAUAAGCGCAAGUUCAGAGCCGGCAUCCAGUACCGCCUGAAGGACUUGUCGAAUGGGCUGGCCGGCAACUGGGACAACAUUAUCUCUGGAUACACGUGUGGCUGCUAGAAGCAGAGAGGGGCUAGGCGCGAUUUACUAUCACUGGAGAGAGAUUGAUUGGAUGGUGUGAGAGAAGAAGAAACGAGA